GUAUAUUUUUAUCACACUGCUGCGCAGUUAAUUAAAAAGAUAGAUUUCGAAUUCAGUGCAAGUUGCAUUAACAACUAGAUUAGAUUUAUACAUCUAACACUCCAAAGCUUGUGGCACCCACCUCUGUCUGCGGGGCGUGAAAUGUUAAGGAUUCACGUCAAAAUGGGUCCGCAACGUAGUCAUCAUCCCAGCAACAACAACAACAGCAAUGGCACCGCCACCAGCAGCAAUGGCAAUCGCCAGCAGAAGGAGUUUACGUGCUGUUUUGGUCUGCAUGUCCAUACGGCCACCCUGAUGAUUGGAUUGUGGCAUUUGUUCCUCAACAUUUUGGCCCUGAGCGUUCUGGCGGUCAUCUGGCGCAACCCCGAGAUGAUGGACGAGUUGGAAAGCGGCAGCAUUGACUACACUGUGGAUCUCAAUGCACCGGCCUUGCCGACGCCCCUGAGCAAAGUGGACCCGCCCUACGCCUACCGCGACCAUUCCCUCAACUAUCGUAAGCGUGAGCAGAACUUUGACAUGGGCGGACUGGUGUGCACCUGCAUGAUAGCCAUAACACUGAUGAUGAUCUAAGGAACCAUCAAGGGGAAACCGUCGCAUCUGUCUGCAGCUGUUUGAC